UCAUAGCCACAGCCACCAUUUAACUGACACCACCAGCUCAGACUUUCAGACGCAGUGGCAUUUCCGUAAUUUCAUCCACUUGCCGUGUCGUUUCUUCAAGGUGCAUGCGUAGCAGAGAAUCACAACCACACCUACACCUUAUUCACUCUACUCAUUACUCUCUCGCCUUUUCAAUAAACAAAAAGUUCAUAACCUUUUCAUUUUCCUUUUCCCUCUUUCGAUAAACCACCGUUACUCUCCGCCGUAUACGGCGGCGAUUUCUGCAACUUAACUGUUUUAUCUUCGAUUCCAUGUGUUUUUCAUACUCUGCGUGCUGCCUCACCUGACGGAUGGGUUGCGUGCUUGGAACGCCGUCCGGUGACGGAGCUGAACGCCGUCGCCGGGGAAGCCAGUGUAACGGCUCUUCCGAUGGAGGUAUUAAUGCAGUUAGGGUUCGGGAGAGACAAACGAAUCGACACACCGGAGAUUUUCCAAAGACUCUUCCGGCGCUGGAGCGUCGGAAACCUAUGCUCGAUCCGUGUGCUGUGAAUCAACAAGGUUGGCCGUCUUGGUUGAUGGCCGUCGCCGGUGAAGCAAUCGGUGAUUGGACUCCUCGUCGCGCCAACACUUUUGAAAAGCUUGCUAAGAUUGGACAGGGAACUUAUAGUAAUGUGUAUAAAGCUAGAGACCUUGUUACAGGGAAGAUUGUGGCUUUGAAAAAAGUUAGAUUUGAUAAUUUGGAGCCAGAGAGUGUGAAGUUCAUGGCAAGAGAGAUACUUGUUUUGAGGAAGCUUGAUCAUCCCAAUGUUUUAAAGCUUGAAGGAUUGGUUACUUCUAGAAUGUCAUGUAGUCUUUACUUGGUAUUUGAGUAUAUGGAACAUGAUCUUGCAGGGCUUUCAGCUGGUCAAGGUGUUAAGUUCACAGAAUCUCAGGUCAAAUGCUUUAUGAAGCAAUUACUUUCUGGUCUUGAGCAUUGCCACAGUCGAGGCGUAUUGCACCGUGAUAUCAAGGGUUCCAAUCUGCUUAUUGACAAUGAAGGAAUCCUUAAAAUUGCAGAUUUUGGACUGGCAACUUUCUUUGAUCCAACGCAAAAGCAAAGCAUGACAAGCAGAGUUGUGACACUUUGGUAUCGACCCCCUGAGCUUCUUCUUGGGGCUACAGUUUAUGGUGUAGGUAUUGACCUUUGGAGUGCUGGUUGCAUCUUGGCAGAGCUGCUUGCUGGGAAGCCAAUCAUGCCCGGCCGAACGGAGGUUGAACAGCUGCACAAGAUUUUUAAAUUGUGUGGCUCUCCAGCUGAUGAAUAUUGGAGGAAGUAUAGAUUGCCAAAUGCUACAAUCUUUAAGCCACAGCAGCCAUAUAAACGUUGUAUCUCAGAAACAUUCAAGGAUUUCCCUCCAUCCUCGCUACCUCUAAUUGAAACUCUUCUUUCAAUAGAUCCUGAUGGCCGUGGCACUGCCUUGGCUGCUCUUAAUAGUGAAUUUUUUGCCACUGAGCCCUAUGCUUGUGAACCGUCGAGUUUGCCAAAGUAUCCUCCUAGCAAAGAAUUGGAUGUAAAAAUGAGAGAUGAAGAAGCUAGAAGGCAAAAAGCACUAAAUGGAAAAGCUAAUGCAGUCGAUGGUGCCAAAAGAGUAAGACCACGCGAGCGUGGUCGGGCCAUCCCGAUCCCAGAAGCCAAUGCAGAGAUCCAAACAAACUUAGAUAGGUGGAGAGUUGUGACCCAUGCAAAUGCGAAAAGCAAGAGUGAGAAAUUUCCACCACCUCAUCAAGAUGGAGCUGUUGGAUAUCCACAAGAUGCAUCAAGUAAAGGACCGGUUUCAUUUGGCGCUCCCAACACAUCCUUUAGUUCAGGGAUAUUCAACAUAAAACCUUCUGGAACUGCUAGAAGUCACGAUGGUACAGGAGGACAUCACCAAAGGACCAAAACUAAAAAAGAAGAGUCCCAGAUGGCGGCGUCAUCAUGGAAAUUUAUGCGACCGUUCAAGCCAUCAACAAUUGGACUUUCAAUGGAUUUAUUAUUUAGGAGCAAGUAAUCAGUUUCAUUUGAUUUUGGCAUCUUAUAAUGAGAAAAAGAAUGAUUGAGGCUUUGAUAUAUCUUUUUGGCAUUUAUUUUCUGUGUUUCUCCUAUUUUUUGGUAUUUCAUUUGCAUAAAGUUGUUGUUGUAUAAUCAUCUACAACGGGGAUCCAUAUAUUUGUAUAUCUUAAGAUCAAAUCCACUGCUGUACAGUUUUUGGGAGCACUAA